GGCGGUCGGUGCACGGUUCCUUUUCCUUUCCGUCCGAAAACGCUGAGAAUGAGGCGGGGUGGAGGGAGCGACAAACCGGGCGGUUGGAUGUAGAAGUCUCGCGAACGUUUGGUGUGAACUGCGAUCCCCUGGUAAGAGCCUCCCACUACUCCGUUGUGCACCACACGGGACAGAGGCUCCAGGCUUCCUCCCAGCAACAGGCCGCAGGACGUGGCCGCCAUCGUUGUUGGGGGCACUCGACAGGAGGACGCAUGCGCAGCCGCCAUAUUUGUAGGGGGGUGUGAAAAGAGGUGGAUUUACAGUCAGGAAACUAAAACCAAACAGAACAUCAGCAUCCAGCAGAGCCGCCCACUUUAACGUCACCAGAAUAACGUCGGAUUUUGAAAAUGGAAGGAGAAAGCGCUGCUCACAGUGAGGAGAAACCACAUAAGUGUUCUGUGUGUGGACGAGGCUUCCGCCAAUUACUUGGUCUAUCAGAACAUAAAUGUAGGAACAACAAAGAGAAACCAUGGAAGUGUGGGGACUGUGGGAAAGGAUUCAGUUCCCCGUCAAAUCUUGAAACACAUCGACGCGUUCACACUGGGGAGAGGCCGUUCACCUGCUCCGACUGUGGGGAGGGCUUCACUCAGUUAUCCCACCUGCUGACACACCGGCGAGUGCACACUGGGGAGAGGCCAUUCACUUGCUCUGAGUGUGGGAAGGGAUUCACUCAGUCAUCCCAUUUGCUGACGCACCAGCGAGUGCACACUGGAGAGAGGCCAUUCACUUGCUUAGUAUGUGGGAAGGGCUUCACUCAGUUAUCCCUCCUGCAAAGACACCAGCGGGUUCACACUGGAGAGAGGCCGUUCAGCUGCUCUGACUGUGGGAAAGGAUUCAUUCAGCUAUCCCACCUGCUGAGACACCAGCGAGGCCACUCUGGAGAGAGACCGUUCACCUGCUCUGAAUGUGGGAAGGGAUUCACUGCCUCAUCCACCCUGAUGGUGCACCAGCGGGUUCACACUGAGGAGACGCCGUUCAAGUGCGCUCACUGCGGAAUUGGGUUCAAGCACUCAUCUAACCUCACGGUACACCAGAGAGUUCAUACUGGGGAGCGGCCAUACACCUGCUCCAUGUGUGGGAAGGGAUUCACUCGGUCAUCCUACCUACUGACACACCAGCGUCUUCACACUGGAGAGAGACCAUUCACUUGCUCCACGUGUGGGAAGGGAUUCCCUUGUUCAUCCCACCUGCUGAGGCACCAGCGGGUUCAUAAGUAACUACAUUGGUUGGAUAGUGUACUUAAUUCAGACACUAUUAUAUUACAUUAUUAUUGAUAUGUAGGAGCCAUUGGAUAGAUUAUCUUAAAUUUAACAGGGCACUGGAACUGAAUGAGCUAUAUCAAAGACAUUGAGGGAAAUGAAAAUUGAAAUGGUGCAGGCUGUAGUCAUAACUUUUCACAUUCAAUGGUGAUGCCAGAUAUUACACCCUUGUAAAAAUAAUUGAGGAGAAAGUGAGGUCUGCAGAUGCUGGAGAUCAGAGCUGAAAAUGUGUUGCUGGAAAAGUGCAGCCGGCCAGGCAGCAUCCAAGGAGCAGGAGAGUCGACGUUUCGGGCAUUAGCCCUUCUUCAAAAAUAAUGGUGCAAAGAUAAACCUUGCAGCUCCAGGCCGGUCAGGUUCAUUUGGUUGGUUGAGAAACGUUUAGAAAUAAUAAGCUAGAAUGUUAUUAAAUAGCAAUGUUGUCAAUUACUAGGAGUCUGAGGGGGAGGAUUUGUUAUAGAAGUGUAUAAGGUCAUGACAGGCAUGGGAUAGGGUGAAAGCACUCAGUCAUUUUCCCAGGGUUGGGGAAUUGAGGGCUAGAGGGGAGAGAAUGAAAGGGAACCUGAGGGGCACCAUUUUUACACAGAAGGUGGUGCACAUGUGGAAUGAGCUGCCAGCGGAAGUGGUUGCGGCGGGUACAUCAACAACAUGGAUAGGAAGGGUGUAGAAGGAUAUGGGCCAAGUGCAGGGAAUUUGGGUUAGAGUGCAUGGACACUUUGGUCGGUGUGGACCGGUUUGGGCCAAUAGGUCUGUCUCGUGCUGUCGGCCCCUAUGAGGAGAGUUAUCAAUUAUUUAAGACAAAAGCAUGCUCACCUUAAUUGCUGGAGUGUCUCGAAGAGCUAGGUGUGUUGAAGAGGGUGUUAACAUGGUGUAUCGACUUCAAGGGCACUUGAAAUGUUGCCGCACAACAAACUUGUGUGCAAAUUCAGCGUUUGUGGAAUGAAAGAGACAGAAGUAACCGAGUGACAGAAAACAAUUAGUGUUUCUCGGAUGUUUUAGAGAAUGUUUGUCAUAGAGUUCUGUAGGAGUCAAUGAGGGCAGUUCCUUACCUGCAUAUAUGUUGUCACAAUUGUAUUCGAUAACAACCUGAAUGCAUAAAUAUAUAUUGUGUGAUUGUUGGACUGUUCGAUGAGGUUUAAAAAUAAUGUUGUCUGCUACAAUCACAUAAGACGUCACAACAACCUUCUAGAAACUUCUUCAGGACUCGAGUCAAGAACCUUCUGAUGGGAUUAGAAUGUAGAACUGUUACAAAUUAUCACGAAGACAGCUUGUCUCCAGGGGAAACAUCAACUGAGAAGAAUGUCCAAACUCCUCUGUGGUAAGAAGGAUUUAAUGGGUCCAUUAAACCUCCGUGAUGUGCCACAGCCUGUUUUCUUUUAUUCGCAAUGAAGAUCUUCAUCUCAAAGCGUUCCCCUCCCACCACCCAUCCUCCCGAAAAGAGGAGGAACGGUCAGAUGACUGCAACAGUGCUGCACUUAACUACCUCCUACGGUUUUAAAAUUGCUGUCGGUAAACCUUAUUUUAAACACUUGCGAUCGAUAAAGAUCUCUAACUCCAAAUGGUAAAGAUGAAGCCUUUUGCCUGUAAACAGCAACGAGAGAUUUGUAUUUGAGCUCCCUGCAAGUCAGUGUCAUGUGACAAACUUCCCUUCACCAAAACUGUGAAUUAGAAUUUACAUUUCAGCAAUAUUCCUCCGAUGGUAUUCAAAGGAAUUUUAAUGGGAAGAAACUGUCUAUGGUUCUUGAAUUGUUAGCUAGUUAAUUAACUUCUACAAAGGAAUUCCAGACUGCUAACUCCAGCUUUAUACUGUGGGACCCUAUCAUAAA